AAAUCUUCGAACCUUUGAAAACUUAGUUACUAGAUGAAUUAAAUUCACAUUUUAUCGCGUGAUAGUUUACUAUCACUCAUUUUGUGUGUGUAGUGAUACGUCCCUCAAAAUGUACCUAACUUGGCCGUCGUUCAACAACAUCCGCAUGUUACUCAUGGCGUUCAUGCCCGUGGUCAUAUUCUACAUGAUCUGGCUGGUGAACACAUCCGAGGCCAUCCGCAGUGAAGAGGGCACGUUAUUGGACCUCGUGUGCUGGCCCGACGGCAAUGCUAUCCCGGUUAUAAUCGCCUGCGGGUCCAUCAUUGCUGUUGUUAUAGAGUUAUACGGGCUGUAUCAGUUGUUCAAAGCAGGAUUGUCUAAAAGAGAAUAUAACGUGACAAAUGGUCUGUUUUACUACAUCUGGGCGCUCAUUAUUAUGAUCAUAAUAUUCCUUGCGAUAAUGUUUUAUUCUGGCCUCCAGUCGACGAUUAUAAGAGCUAAAAUAAAAGGCGGGAUAACAAAAGCUAUGCUCCGCUACGCAAGCCACUUGCCGUCCAAGGUGGCCAUCGACCGCCUGCAGACCAGGUUCCAUUGCUGCGGCCGCGUCAACUACCAGGAGUGGUUCUACAUACGCUGGUACACGACAGGGAACAGCGUCGACUUCAGCACGCUAUCGAACCGCAAGUUCGUGGCUGACAACGUGCCAUACAGCUGCUGCUCCAUGGACGCGCUGUGUCCCUGCAUCCACCACGGCAUCACCAAGAAGGGCACUAUCUACAAAUACGACCCCAGCAAGGAGUUGACGAUAUGGCCCACGGGUUGCGAGGAGAAGCUUAUCAACGAGAUGAUGUCGGUCUCCUGGCAGUUCAAUGCUGUUAUGGCGCUUAUCAUCUUCGCUAUGAUAGUCCAAGUGAUAGCGGUGAGGUACCUGCAUACGGCAUAUAGAAACGGUCUUCACAUUGGCAACCAGAUCGUUUCGAACGCGUAUCUCCUCCGCUCCCUCACAGACAAGGAGAAGAGAGCCCAUGCCCAGAUGAAGAAGAAGAUGUUACGCAAGAAGAAACUGAAGCAGUCGCGGACGCUAGAGUGGGUGGCGGGGCGGUACCACCCGGGCAAGAGGGCCGCUACAACCUCGUCGGCUUCUGAUAUUAACAGCUCGGAUGAACUGUUGAAACCUAUCGACGAAUGAUAAUUGAAGUCUCCAUCAAUUAUAGAGAGGAGAUACCUAAGUUCAGGAGGACGUGGUGCCAAAAUGCUUGGUAACUGAAAGA